AUGUCCUUCCCCAUCCAGGCCGCAGCUCGCAGCUGCCGACAGCUCUCCAGCUCCGUUCGCCCAUCCUCCCUGCGCAUCGCGACUACAUACACAGCCCGCACUCCCAGCUGCCGGCGAUGGGAGUCCACCGAGGCCGCUGCUGCUGCUCCGACCAACCCCAAGAUCGCACAGAUUGUUGACCAGAUCUCCACGUUGACCCUUCUGGAGACCGCCGACCUCGUGUCCAGCUUGAAGACCCGCCUGAACAUCCCCGACCUCCCCGUUGGCGGCUUCGCUAUGGCCGGUGGUGCCGGUGCUCCUGGCGCCGCCGCUCCCGCCGCUGAAGAAGAAGAAGCCGCUCCCGCUGCUGCCGAGAAGACCCUGUUCAACCUGAAGCUCGAGUCAUUCGAGGCCACCUCCAAGCCCAAGGUCAUCAAGGAGAUCAAGAACAUGCUCGGCCUGUCGCUGGUGGACAGCAAGAAGUUCGUCGAGUCCGUGCCCAAGAUCAUGAAGGAGUCUGUGCCCAAGGAGGAGGCGGAGAAGAUCAUCGAGACCCUCAAGGGUCUGGGUGCGAAGGUCAUCAUGGAGUAA